ACAUAAAAAUUGAAUCAUCCUACAAAUCGCGAUUCAUCCACUUCAAUCUCGAUUUUUCUUCCCUCUGUGGCGAACGCUUCGCCCGUAAUCACGUGGGCAAUAUUAAUUCGUUACCAUUUGUUAACAAGGGUCUAUAAAACCAGAAGAAAGAAAGCAAUGAACACAAAAUCCGAUUGAGCUAGAACACAAAAAAAAUCAUAAAAAAUGGCGUGCAGAAUUGCUCUCAGAACCGUCUUCUUAACCGAACCACGGCUGCAUCUCUCCUUCAUUCAUACCAAUUUCUCCAGUUUUAGGCCAAUUAAGAAAAUAUCCACAUCCAAUCCGAGCUGCGGUUGCAGAACAAGGCCAAAUUCCAAGAGCUACCAUUUUUCGCGUUAUUGCUCAAAUAAAGGGGAUUCAUCUCCACCAACCGAUGAUUCUGAGCAAGGACCUCCUCAGGAAGCCGUUUUGAAGGCCAUCUCAGAAGUUUCAAAGGCAGAAGGAAGGGUGGGGCAGACUACUAAUGUGGUAAUUGGAGGCACAGUUGCUGAUGAUUCAACCAAUGAGUGGCUUGCUUUAGAUCAGAAGGUGAACUCUUAUCCCACAGUUAGAGGGUUCACGGCAAUUGGAACCGGAGGUAACGAUUUUGUGCAGGCCAUGGUUGUUGCUGUUGAAUCAGUACUUCAGAUGCCAAUCCCGGAGGGUCAAGUGAAGCAGAAGAUAUCGUCUGGUGGCAAAUAUGUAUCAGUAAACAUCGGACCUGUGCAAGUUAUUUCCAGUGAGCAGGUACAAGCGGUAUACAAUGCUAUGAGACAAGACGACAGGAUGAAGUAUUUUUUGUAAAACGAUUUCCAGUUGGACUCUGUAUAGAAGGCUGGUCAUCCAAACUUGCAGGUGUAACUCUUAUUUUCUUUGACUUUCCUACUAUGUUCGUUUGUGACGUUUUGUCUAUCUCCAUAAGCUGAUAUAGUAGGCUUAGCUAGUUACCUUGUGACAAUCAUUAGUUAUUUAUGAUUGUGAGUUUUUUAUGUGGUAAUUUAGCAUGGAUCCUCAUUGGAAUAUAAUUGUUGAGGCUUUGUAACAUCUAUACAUUUUGGUAAAUCCAGUGAAUAUUCAUCUUUCGAAUUUUUUUUGAAGAAAUGAAAAGUGUAUACAUAGGUAAA